ACCCUCUGCAUGCAUGAUUUACAUUGCAGAUUAUUAAUAUGUGAUAUUUAACUUUUGUAAAUGACGUAAGAAUCAGUGUAUUAUAUAAGAAGGGAAACAUUUUUAUUAAAUGGUAAAUACAGGGAACAUGUUUCGGAAGUUUUUUGUGAUUUUGAUCAUCACCUGCUUACUUACUCAGGAAGUUGAAGGAUGGAGGCGAAUUAAAAAAUUCUUCAGAAGAGUCGGCAAAUUUAUAAAGAAAGAAGUUCCUAAAAUCGUUCACAAAGUUCAGCAAGUAAAAACGGUAGUGGAUAAGGCAAAAAGCGCCCAUGAAAACAUCAAAGACACUUUUGAAAAGGGAAAAGACGCUGGGGAAAGGAUAGAAAGCGCAGGAAAGGCAGUGAAAGAUGCUAAAGACGUCAUAGAUAUAAUUAAAUCCUUAAAGAAGCGUUCAACUAUCGAGGAAACAUCGCAAUUGAAUUUGUGCGAAUUUUCAACAUUUGACUGGAACCAAGACAAGAAAAUCACCGAAGAAGAACUUGAAAUAUUGAUGGAGGCAACAGGACUGUUAGAAUUGGAUGAAUUUUUUGAAAAUAUGGAUCUUGAUCAAGAUGAUACAGUCACAAUAGAAGAGUUCCUUAAUUCGCCUUUUAUCAAUGAACUCUGUGUGUAGAAGAUGAAUGGAUAUCCACAUGAAAAUGUAUAUAUAAUGUAAAGGUGCUUAUGUUUGUACGUAUAUUCUAAGAGAGAAAGGGAGAGAGAUACUAUAUUUAAUGUGCUCAUUAUUUAGAGAAUUUUUAAAACAUUUAUUCCUAUUGUUUACCGCUGAUCUUUUUUUUUUUAAUUUUGUAACACUUCAGUGUAUAAUCUGUUACAUUUUGGCUUUAUUUUACUUACUUGUACAAAAUCAAAACGUUUGUAGAUAAUAAAACGCUGGCUUGAUGAGAAAUUAAGACUUC